CUUUUUACCGUGAUACAAUUAUACAACACAAGUACGGAGUACCAAAUUACUCACUCCAUAUUAAGUAAAUCAUGGCGGAAGCACCACUCCUCCGUCGCCUUCUCUCCUCUUUUUUCACCUUCAAAUUUCCAUUACCACCCACUCCAAACCUAAUCACACGGCGGUUCUCUUCCUCCGAACCAAACCCCACUUCCCCCGAACCCAAACCCAAACCCAACACCAAGGUCAGCUUCUCCCCACCAAACUCCUCUGUCUCCAAACCCGAAUCCGAACCUACCCAAAACAAGAACACCGACCUCCCACCCUCUUACAACCCCUUUACCAACAAACCCGUCAAUGCCGAACCCAAAGAUCCCAACAAUUUAAAAGAAAUCUUCCACAAAAUGAGAACUGAUGGGUUAAUCAGCAAUGCAGUCAAGAUGUUCGACGAAAUGUCAAAACAUGGUUUAACCCAUGACACGUUUGAAAUGUUUAAGGUGAUCAAACAAACAGGUAAAAUGCCCGAUGUGGUGGCCCACACCGCUGUUAUUGAAGCUUACGCUGGUGCUGGACAAUGCAAGGGAGCUCACAAUGUGUACUUGAAGAUGUUGGCAUAUGGGGUUCUUCCCAAUGCUUACACUUAUAGUGUGUUGAUCAAGUCGCUAGCUGCAGGUGGGAUGAUCAUGGAGGCUAAAGAGUAUGUGUUGGAGAUGUUGGGGAAGGGAAUGAGGCUGAAUCCCGGGACGUGUGUGGCGGUUAUCGAGGCGUUUGUGAGGGAGGGGAAGGAGGAGGAGGGAAGAGAGUUGUUGAAUGAGAUGAAAGGGAAGGGUUUUGUGGGGGAUGAGAAGGGUGUUAGGGAGGUUCUUAAGGGUAAGAAAGGGCAUGUUGUUAGGAAUGUUAUAGAUAUUCUUUGUGCUAAAUGAUUUUUACUUUGUAAUGAAAUUUCAAUUUGGUGUUUAUGUUUUGGGUGUAAAAAGAGUCGCAAAAUGCAAGGACAAAUGAUGUAGACAAGAUUCGAUCACAGGUCUUGGUUAAUGUCUUUCAAGACUUUUCCAACUAAGUUAGUUGGAUCCACAUUUCAA